AAACGGCGGUGUCCCGGAUGUGGCGGGGUCUUUGGGGUCUUUGUCUCCGGCUGCACUCCGAGUACCUGGUCUAGUGUCUGCUGUCUGCGUCCUGUUCUCCUAGAGACCCAGCCUCUGUGGCCCUGUGACUUGCAGGUAUUGGAGAACCACAGCUAAGACGCCAGGACCCCCGGAAGCCUAGAAAUGAGAGUGUUGACAUUUAGGGAUGUGGCCAUAGAAUUCUCUCUGGAGGAGUGGCAAUGCCUGGACACUGCACAGCAGAAUUUAUAUAGGAAUGUGAUGUUAGAGAACUACAGAAACCUGGUCUUCCUGGGUAUUGCUGCCUCUAAGCCAGACCUGAUCACCUGUCUGGAGCAAGGAAAAGAACCUUGGAAUGUGAAGAGACAUAAGAUGGGAGCUGAACCCCCAGUUGUAUGUCCUUAUUUUGCCCAAGACCUUUGGCCAAAGCAGGGCAUAAAAAAUUAUAUCCAAAAAGUGAUACUGAGAAGAUAUAAAAAAUGUAGACAUGCAAAUUUACAGCUAAGAAAAUACCGUAAAAGCGUGGAUGAGUGUAAGGUGCGUGAAGAAUGUUACAAUGGACUUAGCCAGUGUUUGACAACUGCCCAGAACAAAAUAUUUCAAUGUGACAAAUACAUGAAAGUCUUUCAUAAAUUUUCAAAUUCAGACAGACAUAAGAUAAAACAUACUGGAAAGAAAGCUUUCAAAUGUAAAGAAUGUGAAAAGUCAUUUUGUGUGCUUUCCCACUUAGCUCAACAUGAAAGAAUGCAUACUGGAGAGAAACCCUACAAAUGUAAAGAAUGUGGGAAACCCUACAGUGAGGCCUCAAACCUUUCUACACAUAAAGGAAUUCAUACUGGAAAGAAACCCUACAAAUGUGAAGAGUGUGGAAAAGCAUUUAACCAGCUCUCACACCUUACUACACAUAAGAUAAUUCACACUGGAAAGAAACCCUACAAAUGUGAGGAGUGUGGCAAAGCUUUUAACCAGUCUGCAAACCUUAAUACACAUAAGAUAAUUCAUACUGGAGAGAAACCCUACAAAUGUGAAGAAUGUGGCAAAGCUUUUAGCAAGUCCUCAACCCUUACUACACAUAAGAGAAUUCAUACUGGAGAGAAACCCUACAAAUGUGAAGAAUGUGGCAAAGCCUUUAACCAGUCCUCAAACCUUACUACACACAAGGUAAUUCAUACUGGAGAGAAACCCUACAAGUGUGAAGAAUGUGGCAAAGCCUUUAACAACUCCUUUAUUCUUAACAGACAUAAGAUGAUUCAUACUGGAGAGAAACUCUAUAAACUUGAAAGUUGUAACAAUGCUUGUGACAACAUCGCAAAUAUUUCCAAACAUAAAAGAAAGUGUGCUGGUGAGAAAUCAUAGAAAUAUGAAUAAUGCAACAGAGCCUUAAAUGGUUAUCACACUUGCUUGCAGGUUAGGUAAUUCACACUGGAGAAAACUUUUACAAGUGUGAACAAUGUGGCAAAACUUACACAAUGCUCAUACCUUAUUGCACACAAAAGCCUUUGUACUUGAAAAUAAAUGCACAA